GUGAGCCUCGUGUUUCCCUUCAGGAGCCCUGUCAUUUGGCUUAUUUUGCUUGUGAAGUGAUUACACUCUUGUACAGAACGUUUGCCCUUGGAGAUGUAAGAUCUGCUGUCAGGCCUGGAGCACUGUCAGCGUGGCUGUAGGCUGCAGCACAUCUCUGAGUGCCCCUGAGCCAAGCAUGUUGGUGGGAGAGGCCCCAUGGGUGGCUGCAGGGUGGCAAUGUGCUGGAGCCUUCCUUGCAUUCCUUUUUCAGCAGACAGGGAUCUUGUGCAACCGGAGGCAGCGACAUUUGGUCCGACAGCCACUGCCAAGGUGAGAGUGCAGUCUGCCAAACCAAACAGGAUCUUGUUGGUUAUGAGAAGGGGAAGGGCAGCCAGCGCUGUUGGAGAUGCCACUGCCUGGAAGUGGGCAGGCUCUUGUGCGGAGGGCAUCUGCUGUUGCAGAGGGGCUGGCAGCCCAGUGUGUCUCUAAGCUGCCUGCUGGCUGAGGGGCUGUGCUGGCUGGGAUAGCAGCUGAGGUGGUGAGGGCAGCUCAGGAGCUGCAGCGAAGGUGUUUAGAGAUGGCAGUUAAUGUGUGGGAGAGGAAAAAUGUCUGUGCGCUUGAUAAAUGUUGGCACCCUACAGGAGCUUAUCAGCUAAUUCAGUGCUUUGGAUUCCAAAGAGCUGGGCUGGCUUUGUCGUGUUGGAAAGAAUCCCUUCAGAUCAGGGGGAUAAAUAGAAAGUAUGAAAAGGACGUUUGUAAUGGUGCAGAUUCUGUGCUGACUCAGCUGUGGGACGGGGUCCUGCUGCCUCCCCCAGCCCCAGGGCAUUGGCAGCACCACUUUCCACAGUCCAGGCCUCAGGACAUUGUCCCACGUGGGAAAGGGCUCAGAAUGGAGCAAACCCUCUGGAUUCGGUACUUCUGGUACUGCUGGUUUGUGUUGCCUGAGCUGCUGCCCUUUGGGGAGCAGCAGCAGGUUCACAAGCUGUUUCCAUGUUGGCAGGACGUUAUGGUUUGGACCUCCUGGCUUUUUUAUUUCUUCUUCACAACCUGCUCAUGUGUGCAUGUACCUCCAGUGCCUUCCACCUGCACAUCAAGGCAGUGCUGAAGCAACAGAUGCUCUGCAGAUCAAAGUGAUACCUCCCUUAAAGCUGCUGGGGAGAAAAAAAAGCUGAAAAGCAGAAGGAAUUUAGGUCUUUACUUAUUGCUUUGUUCUCACUAUGCCAGGUAAAAGCUAAUUAAAUGCUGCUUCUCUUGGCAGACAAGUCCUCUACCUCUUCCUGCAUCCUGGGGAGCUGCAUUUGAGCAUUCAUAACAUAAGCUCGUGUUUCAUAGGUGCAUCUCCAUCUGUUGUCUGUAGCAGCAAUGUUUUUUCAAGGAAGCAUUCCCUGGUCAACAGCUGCAACCACCUCGACCAAACCUUCAUUCUUUGCUUAUACAGGCUUUGCCUUUUUAGACAGAUGAGCUCCUGUGGGUGUGGUGGAAGCUCAGGGCCAGUGAUGCUGCACAGGUUGCUCCACAUCACUGCUUUGGACUCAGCACUGUGCUGGAACGCAGCGGCGAGGAGGAGGAACUGCAGCAGAGCUCACUGGCUGUAUUCUUGCAAGAGGAGGGGUGGCUUCCUCUGUAGAUAUCUUCAAGCAAAUGACUUCCUCCAAGAUAGGAGCCUGUUGGGCUCGGUGCAUGGCAAGGCUGAGGCUUCUCCAAGUCCCAGUGAACAAAAGCUGAUUCAAGCUGACUAAUGCAGCAAUUGCCAGUUAAACCAAUAGCUUGCUCUUUAACGAAGGCACCAUUAGCUACUUGGUUUCAUUUGCCAUCACAUGGAAAAAUCACUCUGAGCUGGGACUGCUGUUUUCCUUCCCAGCAGCUUUCACUCUGCUGCUGGGGAAGUUCUGGUUUCUGUUUGCCCUCUCAGCCUCCUUGCUGCCUCGUUUAUCCAUUAGAACCACAGUUCAAGAAAUGAGAGCAGUUCUGUGUUAAACUGAACUUGCCUUACACCCCUACAUACUCCCUGCACACAAUGCCUCCAACAGCACAAACCUGAGCUUGUCUGCUUCUCUUCCCCCUGGCUGCCCCUCCGUGUGCUCUGCAGACCGCAGAGUGAGCAAGGAGUGCUGCACCUGCACCCAGCCCUGUGGCAAUGCACGGUGCUGCACGGUCAGGCCAGCCUGCUCCUUUAAAGUGAGGCCGUGUAAAUACAGAGGAACAGAAGUGGGCGUCUCCUCUCCUCGUGUCCCUUUGCAGAACAGCAGCUACCAUGCUGCAAUGCUGUGUGUUCCAGCUGCAGGCAGUGGUGGCAGUAGUGCCUGCGCUGCGCUGAGUUCUGUUGGGCAGUCUGUGGGAUGUCACUUCUCUCUGAAAAAACUUUAUAACUACCAAAGAUCUUCUGAAUUUGGCUCCUGAUUAAAGCUGACAGAUAAUGGAAACAUUUCCUCGGCGAUGUCUCUGGGGCGACUCCUCCGACGUGCCUCCUCUAAAGCUUCUGACCUCCUGACCCUGAACCCUGGUGGCAGCAGCACUUCAUCUUCCAUACUCGAUGGGGAGAUUAUCUACUCCAAGAACAAUGUCUGUGUCCACCCACCUGAGCUGCUGCAGGGCAUCGGGGAGCACCACCCAGGCUAUCUGUGCCUCUACAUGGAGAAGGAUGAGCUGCUCGGCACCACGCUCAUCCUCGCCUGGGUCCCAAACUCGCGCAUCCAGAGGCAGGAUGAAGAAGCCCUGCGUUACGUCACUCCUGAGAGCUCCCCGGUCCGCAAAGCUCCCCGCAAACGAGGCCGCCACGCUCAGGGAUUUGGCACUGCCCAGCAGGCUUCUCCCACUGAGCCAAAAGGGGCAGCGGUCCUGAAGGAAGACAUCUUGACUGUGUCGCAGCUCGUGAAGGACGGGGCUUACAUCAGUUCCCCUUCUUUGGAUGGGGAGAAGCUGCCCCAGAGCUGUGUGGCAGCAGACGGCGCCCAGCAGUCCCCGCAGCCUGCGCGCAGCGACUCAGGAAUCCUAUCGACAAUCAGCUCUCAGGAUGAGCAGAACAGGUCAGAGCCGUCGGUGGAGGAAGGGCUGGACUGCAGGCCAGAGCCAGGGGAGGACGAGGGCUCCCUGGAGCUGUUUGCUGACGAUGUGAGCAGGGACAGCACUUUCGACUCUGAUUCUGAUGCCUUCUCUUCCCCGUUCUGCCUCUCUCCCAUUAGCGAAGCCCUUGUGAAAAGCAGUAGUUCUGUAUUUCUGGAUAAUGAAACCAGGGACACAGGUGAUGGCUGCAGGGACACAGGUGAUGGCUGCAGGGAUGCAUGUGAUGACCACGUGCCACGUUCCCACUGCUGCACAGAGAGCCCCAACGGCAGCACCCAGAGCCCAGAGAGCAGCGGGCGAACGCAGGGAGAGGAGCAGCAGAAGGUGGGAGCCCUGGAGCAGAUCUGCGGAGUCUUCAGAGUGGACCUGGGACAAAUGAGAUCCCUGCGCCUUUUCUUUAGCGACGAGGCAUGCACCUGUGGGCAGCUGGUGGUCGCCAGCCGGGAGAGCCAGUACAAGAUCUUCCAUUUUCACCAUGGAGGCCUGGAUAAAGUGUCAGAGGUGUUCCAGCAGUGGAAGUACUGCACCGAGACCCACCUGAAGGAGCAGGUAGCGGGCAAGCAGCUCGCUGAUGAGAAGACAUGCAUGCAGUUCUCCAUCCGUCGGCCCAAGCUGCCCUCGUCAGAGACUCACCCGGAGGAGAACGCAUAUCGGCGCCUCGACGUGUCAGCAUGGCUGAGCCACCUGAACCACUGCGGGCAGGUGGAGGAGGAGUACAAGCUGCAGAAGGCCAUUUUCUUUGGUGGGAUCGAUAUGUCCAUCCGUGGGGAAGUGUGGCCUUUCCUGCUGCACUACUACAGCUACGAGUCCACCUCUGAGGAGAGGGAGGCACUGAGGGUGCAGAAGAGGAAGGAGUACUUUGAGAUCCAGGAGAAGAGGCUUUCUAUGUCUCCAGAUGAGCAGAAGGAUUUCUGGCGCAAGGUGCAGUUCACAGUAGACAAGGAUGUUGUGAGGACUGACCGCAGCAACCAGUUCUUCCGAGGGGAAAACAACCCCAAUGUGGAAACAAUGAGGAGGAUCUUGCUGAACUACGCAGUGUUUAACCCAGCUAUUGGGUAUUCACAAGGCAUGUCUGACCUGGUCGCCCCAAUCCUGGCAGAGGUCCUGGAUGAGUCGGAUACUUUCUGGUGUUUUGUGGGAUUGAUGCAGAACACCAUCUUCAUCAGCUCACCCCGGGACGAGGAUAUGGAGAAACAGCUGAUGUACCUGCGGGAGCUGCUGAGGCUCAUGCACCCACGCUUCUACCAGCACCUUUCUGCCCUGGGGGAGGACGGCCUGCAGAUGCUCUUCUGUCACCGCUGGAUCCUCCUCUGCUUUAAAAGGGAGUUCCCUGACGCUGAGGCUCUGCGCAUGUGGGAAGCCUGCUGGGCACACUACCAGACAGACUACUUCCACCUCUUCAUCUGUGUGGCCAUCGUGGUGAUUUAUGGGGAUGAUGUCAUUGAACAACAGCUGGCCACCGAUCAGAUGCUGCUGCAUUUCGGCAACCUGGCUAUGCACAUGAACGGAGAGCUCGUACUCAGGAAGGCGAGGAGCCUGCUCUAUCAGUUCCACCUGCUGCCCCGCAUCCCCUGCAGUCUGCACGACCUGUGCCAGCUGUGUGGGACGGGGAUGUGGGACAGCGGCUUCAUCCCUGCAGUGGAGUGCUCUGGUCACCACCCCGCAGCUGAGGGCUGCCCCUAUGGGGGGCUGGUGGAGGAUUCUUCUCCCAAGGCAGGAGGUGAAGGCAGGAGAGGAGUGAAAACACACGACAUCUUCAAUUUCCGAAAAUAGCUGGAGAGGAACCGGGCGCGCCAGAGGAAGAGGGAAGGGCAGGAAGGAUGUGCAGAGGAAAAAUGUGGAGGACAAAAAUGGAGGGGAGGUUUGUCAAGGCUCCGGAGAGGACUGGAAGGGGGAGAAUGGAAGAGGGAUGGAGUCUGUCUGCAGGAGAAUGGCGGAGGAACGGGGGCGAAACGCACCCAACCAGGAACAGCGUUUGCACGUGCUUGGAUUUGAUCUUCAUAGGAACACAAAGUGUUUCUAGACCUUCACAAGGACUUUUUUACUCUGCCUCUGAGACUGGACUGGUUAGGAACCAGAAGUUGUACCUUGCUGAUGAGAAGCGUGAACGCUAAUGAGAGCCGAGUGCCCCCAGCAGAGUGUGUGGCUGGUGGGGGGGAGGGGGGCAGGGCCCUGCAGCAUCCCUGCACCCCGAGCACACGUGCUUCAACCAGAACAAUGCCUCUUGGUGGCUUCUCUCUAACGCCACGACGAUCAUUUUAAUUACAAUCUGCCAAAAAUAAACCUGCAGACCAUUGGGACUGCAGGGGACGUAUCUGUUCUGUUGGUGAGGAAGAGCUGGUCACCUGAAGGCCAUCUUUUGCUCUCUCUGUUUUUACAUGGCAUGCCUGCUGGCGUGAUUCUUCUCCUUUUGUACAGAGAGUGCACAGCCACGGGUCUUACAGCACUGCUUUCUGUAGUCAGGGUAUUUCAUAGACACCUUUUGGAGUUUACUUCUUUGUGACAUUACAGCAAAGCUGCUGCUUUAUGCUGCCAGCCACAGACUUUAGAACCUUGUUUAUGGAAUUCUGUUGUUUCUAGUGUGUUUCCAACGUGUUCCCUUUGGCUCUUCCCAACGACUGAAUAUUUUCUGUCCUUAUUUGUUUUUGCCAUAGGCACGUGGGGCGGACCCAGCGCUCCUCAGCUGAUGCCACCCGUAUGCACUCUUCCCCAUCCUGAAAGAAAAACAAAACUUGGUUUGUUGCAGUUGUUUUUGCUGAGCUGUCUUUGGUAAACGUUUCCCUUGAAGUAUUUUUGGAAGGACAGCCUGUUUUCACUGCUGCCUUCUAUAAAAUCUGCCAACUGGAAGCUGUGCUGAGGCCUUGAGUGCAGCCAUGUUGCCAAAUACGAAACGUCUUUACCAAAUCCACUGGCAGCCAAAGGUGUGUGCUGAGCCAAAGCUCGUGCCAAGAGGAGUCUGGGGAAAGCUUCCUUAGGAACGGACAUGGAGAUGGGCUAGCACAGGGCCGUGCUGGUUUUGCUGCUUCCUUCUGCCCAGCGCUGUGGCACUGAGCCUGGCAGGCAGGUUGGUGCAGAGCACAGUGCUGUGCUGAGACCCACCGAGCACGUGCUGCUUCCCCAGUGGGAGAAGUCCUGGCCUCAGGCUGCACCACGAGGCCGCAACGCUGUGCUGGGGCAACUCUAGAGGGUCCAGCACUGCUCCUGCUGCAGCAAAUAGGAGGCAACGGGAGGAGCUGAAGCCGAUAAUUUCUGGUGUUAUUUUUUCUGCCAUUGAAAUGCCGUGCAGCGAUGUGGAAAUCACUCAGGAUUUGUUUGGUGACAAACAGCACUGCGGUUCUCCCACGCGUGGCGCAGCCCAAAGCAGGGCACUGCUGGGAUCUCCUUGCCUCCCCGCCUGCUGCCACCCGAUGUCCCACAGCAGAUUUCAGCCAUUUGCAGCGCCAUGGCCCCAGUGUUGGCUGCUGGUAACUCACGGUGCCUCUAUUAAAUUCACACUAAAUGUCCACAGCUCUCUGUGCUGGCAUCAUUCCUGUGUCAGACGGCAGUGGUUGGGGUUGGCUGUUCUCUGGGCAGCUGCUGCUCAGGAGAGCGACGUGGUGUUUGCCUGUUGUGAGCUGCACUCAAUAUUCCCCUUCCUCCUGUUCCUAUGUCAGGGUAGGGGGCAGCAGGCUGGGGGCUGCAGGGCUGCCAUCCCCAGGGCUGCAUGCAGGCAAUGAGCUGCAAAUUGUGGGCACGGGAAUGGCUGCAGACACUGCUGAGCUGUCAGUGGGGCUGUGCAGGAACACCAUGCUCUGGAAGCGGGUGCAUCACCCUCUGUGUCUCCCUGCUUGGCUCAAACACACAGCAGCCAGGACAGCUGCAUCAUGGUCACCUCGUGCCCAAAACGCCUUCCAACUGCUUUGUGACUGCUUUGUGCUCCUUGUCCCCACAGACUGCUCCCAGACCAGGCUGCUGGAAACCCAAAGGAAGCUCCUGAAAUAUUUUCACAGCCAAUUUUAUUGCAGUCUGCAUUUCGGCCAAGAGUUCCCACAGAAUCCAAGUGUCCAAAAGUCACCACCCUCCGAAUGCAGUUGAUUUCUUCCUCCAGCUCUGAAAGGCAGCUCUCUCUAAGGUCAUGCUUAUAAAGGGCUUUGAAAACA